AUUGGACUAGGCCUUGAGAGCAGGUUUCAUAUAGGGUGUAUAACUGUAUAUACACCCAUAGACCAAAAGUUCCCCUCCCACAUCAGGCCGAUUGCGAAGAGAGAGAGAGGGGAGAGACAUGGAACAGUCAACAGUGAAAUGAGGAACCUAAUGGAUGCCCGAUGGGGGCUGAAGGAGAGGAGGAAGCGGGAGGAGGAAACCUACAAUGGCCAAGACGAUCAAAGACCAGGCACCCCUGCCGGCCGGUGUAGACGAGCGAUCCUUUGCCAUGGCAUUGUCUGCGAAGCAUAUUUCCAUAGCGCAAGGUGCUGAACGGGAAAUGAGCAUCAAGUGGGGAAUAAACUAUGUCUCCGAGGUUCAGCAUUGACCAGCCCUUCUUCGUUGUCGCCGCCUGAUUUGCAAUCAGCACUUUCAUGUCUCCCGUUCCCCAUGUUCCACCAUCGCCAUGGCUGUGGCUGGCCCCUUCUCCUCCUCCUCCUGGGUUUCCCCUUUGACGAAUCUUCUCUCUUGCGCGGAGAAGCAGCGGCCGCCGGUAGCCAUAGGGUCGUCCUCUACCCGGAGUCCGCGACGGUCUCGUCCAUCGUGAGCAGCAAGUACAGGACCGCCUUCCAUUUCCAGCCCCCCAAGAACUGGAUCAACGAUCCAAAUGGACCUCUGUACUACAAGGGCUUGUACCAUCUCUUCUACCAGUACAACCCCGGCAGCGUUGUCCCAGGCAACAAGACCUGGGCUCACUCUGUCUCCACCGACCUCGUCAACUGGCUCCGGCUCGAGACGGCAUUGGACCGGACCGAGCCCUACGAUGCCAAGGGCUGCUGGUCCGGCUCAGUCACUGUCCUCGCCGAUGGCCGGCCAGCCAUCCUCUACACCGGCGCAGACGACGUGAAGAACCAAGCCCAAUGCAUCGCCUUCCCCAGUAACAGCUCCGACCCGUAUCUCAGGGAAUGGACCAAGCCCAGCAGCAACCCGGUGAUCCGUCCGGACGGGCCGGGCCUGAACCCAAGACAGUUCAGGGACCCGACGACCGGGUGGACCGGGCCGGACGGGCAGUGGAGGAUAGCAGUUGGGGCCGAGCUGGACGGCUACAGUGCGGCACUCUUGUACAAGAGUGAGGACUUUGUGAGUUGGAGCAGGGUUGAUCACCCGCUCUACUCCUCCAACUCAUCCACCAUGUGGGAGUGCCCCGACUUCUUCGCGGCGCUGCCUGGCAACACCAGCGGACUGGACCUCUCCGCGGCGACCCCGAGUGGCGCCAAGCAUGUCCUCAAGAUGAGCCUAGAUUCCUGUGACAAGUACAUGGUUGGGGUAUAUGAUCUGGAAGCCGAUAAGUUUGCGCCGGAUAAUGUCGUGGACGAUAGGCGUCUGUGGCUGAGGAUCGACUACGGCAAUUACUUCGCGUCAAAGUCAUUCUUCGACGCAAAAAAGGGGAGGAGGAUCAUAUGGGGCUGGGCUAAUGAGUCGGAUAGUUCGUCGGAUGAUGCCGCAAAAGGUUGGGCUGGGAUCCAGGCAAUCCCCAGGACAAUAUGGUUAGAUAGCGAUGGUAAUCAGUUGCUGCAAUGGCCCGUUGAAGAGAUCGAGUCCCUUCGAAGAAACGAAAUUAGUCAUCAAGGAAUAGAGCUGAAAAAGGGUGACAUGUUUGAAAUUAAGGGGACUGAUACUUUGCAGGCGGAUGUGGAGAUAGAGUUUGAGCCAGGAACCAUGGAUGAAGCUGAUGCUUUUGAUCCUUCCUGGCUCUUGGACACGGAGAAGCAUUGCAGGGAAGCAGAUGCAUCAGCUCCUGGUGGCCUGGGGCCAUUUGGGCUUGUGGUUCUAGCCUCUGAUGACAUGGAGGAGCACACUGCCGUGCAUUUCAGAGUCUACAAAUCAAAGCACAAGCACGUGAUUCUUAUGUGCUCUGACCUAAGAAGGUCGUCCCUGAGAUCAGGGCUGUACACGCCGGCCUAUGGAGGCUUCUUCGAAUUUGACAUUGAAAAGGAAAGGAAGAUAUCUUUGAGAACAUUGAUCGAUCGUUCUGCAGUGGAGAGCUUUGGUGGUGGCGGCAGGGUCUGCAUCAUGGCUAGGGUCUACCCGGUUGCGCUGGUCGACGACAGAGGCGCUCGUAUGUAUGCUUUUAACAAUGGCACGACCACGGUCAUGGUGUCACAGCUCAAGGCAUGGAGCAUGAGAAGGGCACAUAUGAAUGUGAAGAAGGGAUGAAGUACUUGCCCAACAGAGCAAAGGCUAAUAGGCAGUGGUGCGAAAAUGUUACUUGAUUAAUGUGCAUUGCAUGAAGCAGAGUGGAAUGUGGACUACUUGCUACUACCUCCAUAAAUGUAUUUAGGAAUGGAGGUAGUAGUUACUAGUCAUAUUGUUAUGGUGCAAAAAUAUGGUUGCGUGCAUUGCAUGAAGCAGAGGCUGGGAGGAUGAUCUUUUCAUUGUCUAAAAAAAUCAUGUGAAGAAACAAUUGUACUUGUUCUGUUGUCAAAUCUGCAAAGGCGUUCUUACGCUCUAGCACUGGUGCUAGGCAUUUAUA